AGCCCCGGUGCUGGCUCUAUACAUAGCGCUAGUCGAUAAGGAUUUGUCGAUCUUCGGUCGUCGUAUCUGGUCCAACUAGGAAGCCUUCAUCCUCUACUACUGCCUCGAGUCCAAGCAGAAUCUUAUGCAUGAGGUUGAGCCUAGCGGGCGGAGGGGGCUGGUCUGGCCAGCCAGUCUUUCUCGUCGGCUGGGUCUCGCUGCUCAUGUCCCUAUACCAAGGCAGCCAAGGGCUCGAUCUGUUCCUGCUUAACACGACCUUUCCGGGCGAGCAACAUUCGAAAAAGGUCGGGCAUGCAUCUGCUGUUUGCGCAACUUGCACGCACUUUCUCAUUUUGCCGAGAUCUGGGACUUGUAUAGAAACCCAUUCGACAUGCGCAGUUGGAGUGUAUCCCCUUUUAAGGCGUGGCUGCUGUAGCUUUCGACGCUGCACUUGGCAUAUAUGCAUUAUUAAACAUUGAAUGAUGUCCAAACAGGAGAGCGGACCUUGACGACCGGCUUACAGCCAGGAUUGUCCGGCACCGGAAGUGAAUGUUCACUGGAACAUGCCUCCCACUUA